AUGGCGGAGCGAUUUGCAUUCUACGGAUUGUCGGGGAACCUAAUCACUUACCUCACGGACCACCUCCACCAGCCCCUUGCCACCGCUGCAAAGAACGUCAAUACAUGGGUUGGCGUCUCCUCCGUUUUCCCGGUGCUGGGCGCUCUGGUCGCCGACUCCUACCUAGGCAGAUUCACCACCAUUCUCAUUGCCUCCGUCGUCUACUUCAUCUUACGGUCAACUCUUUGGGCAAUUAAUGUUGAAACGUUUGCUGAAAAACAGGGUAUGGUAUUGUUGGCGUUGUCAGUGUCAGUGGUGCCAAUGCGUCACAGGGAGGCAGUGUUCUUCAUAGCGCUAUAUGUGAUGGCGGUGGGAGAAGGAGGGCACAAGCCUUGCGUCCAAACCUUUGCCGCCGAUCAGUUCGACGAAGAGAAGCCGAAGGAAAAGGCAGCCAAGAGUUCAUUCUUUAAUUGGUGGUAUUUGGGGAUAGUGUUUGGGGCAUCAGCUGCAGUCUUGCUUGUUAUUUACAUCCAGGUGAGCUUCAUUCCUCCUCUCUCUUCCUUUUUUCCGCUCUUAAAUAUUUUUAACUACUUUUUUCCUUUUAUGGAAAAUUGGAAACUUUUAUUAGAGAUUUUUAUUGUUAUCUCAUACAAGCUCCUUAGUGCUGAAAAUUAA